CAGCGAAAUAGCAACAAAAUGUCGAAAAACUGUUGAGCUGGCAGCAUGGACUCGGCCGCCAUGGCCAUUGCUGUGGGCAGCAACUCGGGCCCCGGUAGCAGCAGCAGCGCCAGCAGCGGCUAUGGCAGUGCCACGACCACGCCCACAACACCGCUAAGCUCCAGCGGCCAUUACGAGGGAACGCCAACGCCAAUGGCAACCAUUGCGACGGUGGCGCCCUUCUACAGCGAAGCGCUGACCAGCUUGGAUGCGCAGCAGCGACAGCAGCAGCAGCAGCACCAGCAGCAGCAGCAGCAAACGCACUUUUAUCAUCAGAAUUAUAACUAUGGUGGAAUGGAGGCGUACAACUACAGUGCGUACAACUAUAGUGCGCCAGUGGUGCCGCCCAGUGGCUACCAGAAGCUGGCGGCUGUCAAAUACAACAGCAGCAGCAGCAGCAAUAUUGGCAGCAGCAACACAAGCAGCAGCAGCAUCAGCAGCAACAGCAGCAGCAGCAGCAGCAAUAUUAUGAGCAGCAGCAAGCCGCAGGCGGCAGCCACGCCCUUUUAUGCACAGCCCCAAAGCAUGUCGAUGUCGAUGUCCAUGUCGAUGCCCAUGACAGCAGGCAACUAUAUGAGCCAAGCGAAUCCCUAUGAUGCUUACAAGUACAAGAUGCCGACACAGCUGCAGCAGCAGCAACAGCAGCAGCAGCAGCAACAGCAGCAGCAGCAGCAGCUGCAACUGCAGUCAACGCAGCAGUAUCACAACUUGAGCAUGGCUCAAAAGCAAAGCCAACAGCAGCAACAGCAAUUGCAGUCACAGCAGCAACAGCUGCCCGCACAGCAGCAGCUGCAGCAACAGCAACAGCUGCCGCCGCUCGAGCCAAACUAUGCUGCAAUCAAGCCAAGCAGUCGCUACCAGAACAUGCCGCCUGCUCUGUAUGGCAGUCCGGGCGCAGCUGGCUCGGGUGCAGCUCCGGCUGCCGCACAGCUGCCCGGCUCCUACUAUGACAAGUAUGCCAUGUCGCUCUACUCGCCCAAUGGCGGGCUGAGCUUUGGCGCACCUGCGCCGCUCUACAGUCCGCCGGAGCUGAGCGCUGAGACGGCCUAUCGCAAGUCUAGCCACUGGAACGUUGACUACAAUGCGGCCAACUGUCGCCCAGUGGGCAACAGCAGCGCCUAUCAUCAUGCAGUGGCGAAUGCUCCACCUCCACCUCCGCCCAAUGCCAGCAGCAGCGAUUUGUACUACAAAUACGACAAGUACGCAUCGCCUCAGGCGACGGCUACGUAUGCCAGCAAUCCCUAUCAGGCGAACAUCACACAGCCGUAUGCCACACGCGGCAUUUGGCCACCGAAUCCUGUGGAGAAUGCGCUGCCCAAUGCCAGGCAAAACUGCUGCACUCAGGCCUAUCCACAGCAGACCUGCUACUAUCCUCGCAGCAAUGGCUAUGGCUCGCAGCCGUCGCAAUAUGCCGGCGCCCAGACCGGCGGCAGCCACAAGCUCAAGCAUCCGACUGAUCUCUAUGCCUCCUAUGAGCCACUCCCGCCCGCACAGCUGGGCUAUGGCUACGCUCAGCCAGGCGCUGCGGGCGCACCGCCCAACCCAGCGACGGCCGCCAGCAACAGUCAGCGCUAUGUGCCCCAGCUGGGCCUCAACAUGGGCCUCAGCAUGGGCGUGGGCGUGGGCGUGGGCGUGGGAGUCGGCAUGGAGGCUAAUGUAAACAGCGCCUACUACAAUGAUCUCAGCAGUCUGGACAGCUAUGGGCCGGUACCUGUGCAGGUGCCAGUGCCCGCACAGCAAACGCAUCGCUCUCAGCCAUACCAAAGCGCCAGCUCCUUGGAGUACGCCUACAGGAAGCGCGCACCACCAACGACCAGCGGUUGCUAUCUGUCGGCAGGUGGUGCGCCGCCGCCUCUGGGCAACCUGGAGGCUCAUGUGGACAGCUUUGUGGGCUACGACCUGCAUGCAGCUGCGCCUUCGCACUAUCAAGCGCAACAUCAGAAGUUGCAGUCGCAGUCCCUGGCGCCGCCACUGGCACAGCCCAGCUCGAAUAGCUCCAAUAUACGCGACUUUCUGUCCAGCUGGAACGACGAUGAGGAGGAGCAGCCAGCGCCACAACCAGCACGUUUGGAAGCUGAGUCCCUGCUGCCGACGGUGGCUGUGGUUGCGCCAGUUGCACCACCGAGCCAGUCGAGCUUCAUCUACGAAACGCUGCCGCCAACAGGUCCGGUGGCCACGGCCGUCAUGAACGAGCUGCCGCAGUGCCCCUCGAUGAACUUGCCCGACAUCAUCAUCGAUCAUCAUCACGAGAAGUCAGCGUUGGCGCCCGUGGAGGAUUCGUUUGGCAGCUUCGAUGUGGAAAAGGAGCUGGAUGAGCUGCGUCUCAAGAAGUGCGGCGCAGAAGCCAACGAGUCGCCGCCAGGCGAUACAGAUGCCUUGGCUGAGAUACUCCGAGAGCCGGUGGUGUCGCAACCAGAGGAAUCACUCGUGCUGCCCCUGCCCCUGCCGCUGUCCAGCCAACUGCUGCCGGACCCGACGGCCAUUGAGUUCGAUCAGAGCAACAGCAACUCAAAUGAGUCCACAUUCGAGAAGGAGUAUGAGACAUUCAUAAACAAAAACGAGGGCAGCGACAGCGAUCCGGAUCCGAAUGCUCAGCCUGACAGCGAGUGUCCGGAUCAUGCGAAUCGCUUCAAGUUCUACAAGCGCAAGCGAAAGACAACGGAGCCGGCAGACGAGGCUGCAGCGGAGCCAGCAGUCAUGGAUAGCGCACCUACGCCCGCUGCUGCAGAAGCUACCUUGGAUGUUGCUGCAGUUGCUGCUGCUGCUACUCCAGCUCCAGUUCUCUCUCCUGUCCCUGCUGCUGCUCCCUCAGACAUGGCUCCUGCUCCACUGGCGCCCAAAGCAGCGGCACGCGCCAGUCGAAUUCGAUUGGCGCGCCGACGUCGCAAUCGCAUCAAGAUGUUGAAGAUUCUCGAAUUUGAAAGUCCCAAGAUCAAGCAUCGCUUCUAUUUCCGUACGCUCAAGCUGCUGCGCCGUCGAUUCGCGUUGACCCGCCUGCGGCAGCAGCGUGUCGAACGCAUCCGUCGCCAUUUGGCACUCAGCAAGGAGCGUCGCCUGCCUCUGAUCAAGCGCGAGUCUGCGAAGCAAUAUAAGGGCUUGGGCACUACGGAGGCCAGCUCGGAUCGGGAAACAGUCAUCAAGAGUGGCUACGCGCUGCGAGAGACACAGGCUCAGCGUGAGCUGGAGCAUGGGAAUGGAGACUCCAAUCAUACGGUGCAGUCCGUAGAGCUGCUGGGCAGCUUCAAGGGCUUCGAUGAUGUGGAGAAUACAAAUCUGUCGCCGAAGGCCAAACUGCAUUCCGAAACGGAAGUGCAACAGGACACAAGCAAACCUGUUGAAGCAGCGUCCACGAGUGUUGAGGCUAAGCAGCUGGAAAUACAGCGCUGGCUGGACCACAGCAUGGAGGAGCACCCGGCUGCAAUUCAGUCAACUGAAACUGCAGCCACAGUCAUCUGCUUGAGCUCAUCCUCCGCCUCGUCCUCCUCCUCGUCCUCUUCAACAUCAUCCUCGGCCAGCUCAACUAGCUCUUCGUCCAGCUCAAGCUCAAGCAGUUCCAGCGAGGAGAGCGACAAAAACGACUCCAGUUCGAGCAACAGCUGCUCCGGCGCGGAGAGUGACUUCAAUGAGAUGGCCGCACUGGAGAAGGAGCUCUCGCUAACCGAUUUGCCAAAGCCUAUGACGGAUCUGCACAGCAGCGAGAGCUUGAUGCAAGCGUCCAACAAUGACAUAGCGAAGCUCAAGCAAAUCCUGGAGAGCGAUGGCGACGAUGAGGAGCAGCAGCAGCUGGCCAACAACGUACCAAAGCUAAGUGACCUUAGUAAAAUUGCCUUAAAUAGUUCCUUAAAAUCUAGUGACAUAGUCAAAGAUGCCCGAGAGGCAGCCACUGAGCUGCCGCAAGAACAGCCUCAGCAGCACCGCGAGCUCAGCGUCGAGGAGGCGCUGGCUGAGAUGUAUCAGCAGAUAGGCGUGGCCUCCGAUGUCGAGGACAACGAGGAGGAAGCGGUAGCAGAUGCCAAGCAGCUGAUUGGCGCCGCCGCCGACUCUGGCCAGGACGUGCUGUUGAUCAAUCUAGCCGAGAUUUUCGACAACACCAGCAGCGACCUCUACGUGGUGCAAUGCGACAUGAACGAGAACAUACUGGGCGUGGUCGAGCCGGAUGAUCUCGAGCAACAGCCGCCGGCAGCUACAGCAGCUACAGAGCAGGCCAAUACCCAACAACUGAUCGAACUGCUGGCCGAACCGGAGUCGGAUCACUUCGGUGCCACGCCCCUCAUUCAUCACGAGGAGGUGGUGCCCGAUGGCAGCAACAAGAUCUGCGCACGCCGCCAGUUCCUCAAGUAUCUGCACGGCAAAUACGUUCAGAACAACGUCAGUCGCUACGAUCAUGCCCAGCGUGUGCUGCGCAAGUACAAGCGGCGUCUACUGCUCCAGCAGCAGCGGCAGUCGACGCGUGCCACGCCCACAGCGCGUAGGCGUUAACCAAAGAUAGCUGCAACAAACAGUGUGAAGGCUUUCCAGCUCAGUUGCUGGCAGGGGGUGGUAGUCGUUGUCGUUCGAGCGUGAAAAAUCAACUUGACGUGCCUAAUGGAUUAGAAAUUUAAAUUCAAAUUAUCCACACACACACACACACAGAGACAGAUUUACACCUACAC